AAAAGGUAAACUCCCAAAAAAAUAUAGAAAAUUUCUUUGUUAAUCAAGUGCAAUUUGGAUUCAAUAUCGAAUUUAUGUUGCGGUACUGUGUAAUAUAAAUUGUGCUCCUUUGCUAAACAUACAUACAAUAUUUUAUUGCUGGUUUUGGUGGUAAAUUUGCAUUUUUAACGGCCGUGGCCAGACGUGCUCCCGCUUCUUUAACACACACGUCUCUCAAUGAAUACCGAUCAUCAAGUGUUUUUUUGACUCGACUCGUAUAUAUCCACAUGUAAAAAUAAACAACAAACCGAUACUGAAAUAUCAACAACUAAACCAAACCGAAGUGUAUACUAAAUACAUACUACAUAUGUAGCACAUAAGACCGCCAUUUCCGUUGCCGUUGUCGUUGCCGUUUGCCGUUGACAUUGUCAUUGCUGUAUCUGUAUCUCAAUCUCACUGACCAACUACCGCAAAGCAAACUGCAAAACUGAAUUAAAAACUGCACACACCUCAACCUCUACUCAACACCCAAAGCUCAAGCUGACUAGCCAACUUAUAUAUGUAUACGCAUAGUUCUCGUACUGCCUAUGAAACCGAAACCGAAACCAAAACCAACCAACAAACCUCUCAACCAACCAAAAAAUCAACCACCAACCAACCAACCAACCAACCAAUCUAUCAACCGUCUACUGCAACUGGCGACAGAGCGGCUUUAGUUUGCUGCGUAAAUAUAGCAAAAGCAAGUUUGGUUUUGCAAGUCGAAAAAGAGUAAGAACGCCACAGAACAAGCAGACACAUCAGCAGCAAACAAACACAAGUAAGUGGGGAAUAGGUCAGGUCGACUUGGACUAGGACUCGGACACUCCAUCGCAGGCGUCGAACCAUAUUCGAGGAGCCAGAAGCUCUGGGAGCAGCGCAACGUCAUGCUCAACUCCAAUGCCAAUGGUGGCAGCAAUAACAACAACAAUAAUAAUAACAACAACAACAACAACAAUCAUGGGGGCAGCAGUCGUCGGCCCUUCUCUCGCAACUCCUCCUCGGCCCGCUCACAUCGUGGCGGCGGCGGUGGCGGCGGACGAAUGCUUUACUCGCCGCAUCCCCAUCCACAUCUUCAUCCGCACUCGCAGCAACAGUCGCAGCAGCAGCAGCAGCAGCUGCAACAGCAGCGAUCAAACAGCAACAGCCUUCUGCCGGGCCACAGUCCCUGGUGCAAUAUCAAUGUGAUGGGGCGUGGCAAUGAAACAGGCGGAAACAACAAUAUCAACAACAACAGCGGCAGCAGCAUCAACAACGCCAACAAUAACAAAGAUGCAAUCGACGGCCGAAACUCAAAUUGCGAUGUACAAACAAGUAAUUCUAGCGGAACUUGUAUUUAUAACAAUAGCAAAGCGCAUCAUCAUCACCACCACAGCGGCCACAGUCAAGGUCACACCACUACCACCACAACCACCACCACCACUACCACUCAUCACCAGCACCCUCAAUCUCCAUCUCAGUCUCAGUCCCAGUCCCAAAUCCAUCCGCAUACUAACCCUGCCCCACCUCAGUAUAACAGUUACCGUCCCCCCUCGAACGCAUACUCAACAUACUCGCCAAACGGUAGUAGCAAUACUCACCACAACAGCGGCUCGCGAGCAGCCACACAACAGAACCACCACAGCAGCCGAGCUCCCAAUUAUCCAAUUCCUAAUCUGAAUCCAAAUCCGCAUGUCAACUACUACGACAUUUGCCACAGCAGCGGGGCACAAACCCACAUGUCCGUGUCCGUGGUCCGACUGAAUCCCGCCCGCUUGUGUCUGACUGUUGGUCCCGCAUCGGAACCUUCGCCCUCGCCACCCAACCAACGUCACUCGCCUAUUGUAGUGUCCUUUGCCACUGGUCCCAUCAGUCCUGCCCGUUCCCAUCCACAUCCACUUCAUAAUUUCUUGGCCAUUCGUAGUCAGAAUCAUGCCCAUCCACAUCCACAUCAAUAUCAUCCACAAAUCCCACAUCAGAACCAACACAAUCCACAACACAAUCAGCCACAACCACAGCAACAGACUAAUCGCCAAUCCCUCCCGCUAACACGAACGAAUUCGAAUUCAAAUUCAACAAACGCAACAACUUUCAAUUCAACCAAUCCACAAACAACAACAAAUAGUAAUCCUACUGAUGUUGUGAAUGUAAAUUCUUGUACCGAUAUAAUUCCUUAUGGGUCGUCUUCGUCGUCAAUGCUGCCACAACAACAACAUCAAAUUAAUAUUGCAUCCGCACCCAUCAAUAGCCACAACCAGGGACAGGGCUCCUCCUCCGGACCCAGUCACAGUCACAGUCACCACCAGCAGCGCGGCUACAACCAACGCGGAGGCAAUAACAAUGGCAAUGGCAAUGGCAAUGGAAUCAACAUCAACAGUAAUAACGGUAUUGGUAACAGCAAUGGAAAUGGCAUCGCUAACGGUAAUGUGAACGGACCACCCGAUUACAUGAACUAUCGUCGCGGAGGUGGCGUGUGUCCAGCACUGUCGCGGGACUACGCCAGCAAUGGACACAAUCACAAUCGUCGCCACAUGACCGAUAACCAUCUGAGCAAUGCAGCCGCAGCCAUGAACAACAGUCACAACAAUCCCGGCCACCAUCAGCGCAGCUACAAUGACAGGAAUCUAAACAACAACAACAAUAACCACUUUGGCAAUCUGGAUCAAGGUGGUCCCGACCAUCGCUCGGAGGGAUCGUCGUAUAAUUUUAUGCGCAAUGGCGGAGGCCCAGCCACUGGCUAUGGUCGUAACGGAUCCCAUUAUCAGCACAUGGGCAAUGGCUAUGGAAACAGCAACAACAACAACAACGGUGCAUCUACAUCAACAGGUGGUCCGGGCCUAAUGGGUGAGAUGCCUUCUGGGUCUGGGCUAUCGGGCUCCACGCUCUCGCUCAACAACGGACCCGUUGGCCUCAACUCGGACAGUCCCUCGCGCAAGCGACGUCGCAUUUCGGGCCGCCCUCAGGGCGGUGCACAGCCACCACAUCGAUGCCUUCUUGCCCAGAUGCAGCAGGGAAGUCCGCCACUGCGUCGACCGCGAUUGCGGGAUGUGGCCACGUCCACGGGGCAGCAGCAAUACGCCCAGCAGAUCCACCAGCCGCAACAGCAGCCGCCCAAUUACCACCAGCUGCACCACCAUCAACAUCAGCCGCAGCCCUAUGCGACCCAACAGCAGCAGCCGUCGCAUCCGCAGCGUUCCCCUUGGGAACUCGGGGGCAAUGGAGCAAUGCCGGGUGGCAAUGCAGGCGGCGGAGGACCUUCGAGCAGCUCGGUGGGGACAAUACUGCAGCAGGUGCAGGCACCGCCACAGCCGCCCAGCCACCAGCAGACGGUGGGCUAUGCGCCACCGCCGCCAUCCGCCUCGUUGAUGGUAGACCUCAACCUGAACCAGGUGCCCGUUAGCCUGGCUUUGCGCCAGGAGCCCUUCUGGGCCUCUUUCUGCACCUACCCGAUGCCAGCACAGGCACGUCUGGCCCCAUGCCAUCUGCACGGCGUCUACACGCAGCCCUUCCCCGCCGCCCCGGCCGGUCUGGCCGCCGCCACGCCCAUGCAGGUGACCCAGGUGCCGACACCCACCCAGAUGGCCGCCGCUGCUGCCGCUGCCCAGCACAUGCUGGCCCAGGCCACGCUCACGGCCCAGCAGCAGCAGCGAGACGUUGCCGCCAUCGCCGUGGCCAACUUGACGCCCAUUGACCCGCCGGGUGCCCACCACAUGGACGGGCACCAUGCAGCAGGCGCCGGACCAGCUCCAGGACCGCAUGCGCACCCCCACGCACACGCACACGCGCACACACAUGCCCACGCCCAUCCACACCAGCUGCCGCCCGGCAUUCACAUCACGCCAAUUAGCGGGGCUGCCGCUGCGGCGGCCACUCACCACUUACAUUCCACGGCGGCAGCGGCCGCGGCCGCUGGACAACUGUCGCAGAUGUCGGCUGGACCGCAGCAGAUCAUCAUCUCAUCGGAGCGUCGUACAUUCCCGCCCCAUCGGCGCAUACCACGCUUCUGGCCCGCCAACCAUGGACACCGGCAUGUCCUGCCGCCGCAGUCACUGGCCGCCCAUCAGGCGCCCGUGCAAAUACAGACAACGGCCGGUAUCAUCAAUCCGGGCUUCUUGCUCAACUUCCUGGCCAUGUUCCCGCUAUCGCCAUACAACCAACACGAUCUGAGCUCCGGGGAUACCAAUGAGACGGAGAACUACGAGGCGCUGCUAAGUCUGGCCGAGCGCCUGGGAGAGGCCAAGCCACGCGGUCUCACACGCAACGAGAUCGAUCAGCUGCCCAGCUACAAAUACAAUCCGGAAGUGCACAAUGGCGAUCAAACUUCAUGUGUGGUCUGCAUGUGCGACUUCGAGCUGAAGCAGCUUCUGCGUGUCCUGCCCUGCUCCCACGAGUUCCAUGCCAAGUGCGUGGACAAAUGGCUAAGGUCCAAUCGCACUUGCCCCAUUUGCCGUGGCAAUGCCUCGGAUUACUUUGACGGCACCGAUCAGCAGCAGACUCAGGCACAGGCUACUGCCAGCAGCACAACUGCUACCAGUAAUCCCGGUGCGGCAGCAGCCACUACAGCCAAUCCUCAGCAGAGCCAAGCAGCUUAGGAGCUCGUCCAUGGGCCUGGUGUUCCAAUAACAAUGCCAAUACCCAUACGCAUGCGCAUGCCCAUACCCGUAAUCGUAUUCCAAAUGCAUACGCCAUCAGCCCCAGCUGCGGCUCCCACUCCGGAAUGGAUGAGAAUUAGUGGCAGUGGGAGUGGGAGUGGGAGUAGGUGGAGAAGCCACACACCCGCCUUUAAUUGAUGUAACGCGCAACGAAACCAACUGCCAAAACCAACUUUCGCUUCCCCUCAGCUCUUACAGUCUCCCGAUCUAUGCCUCGCCCCACGCGCCACUUCUUCAAUAGCUUCUCAUAGACGUUAGUUUGUAUGUGAGUAAAUGGUAAUACCCAAUUGUAUAAGAAUAAAACCCCUAUGCAUACCACCAAGAUUUCAACUAUUUAAGCAUCUAAUAUACAUAGUAUAUGCGGAGUGUGCGUGUAGAGAAAGAGCAGGCUAAAUGCACUGUACAAAAAUGUAUCUGUAUCUGUAUCUGUAACUGGAAUAAUGAAUUCAAUAGAUAUUUCUUAGCCCUUUUGCCACACGCUACGGUUUUCCUUUUCCCCCGCUAAAACACCAAAACAAUCUUAAAUGUAUACUUAAAUUAGGAACUGGUUUCUCAAUGUCUCGAACGUCCACGAAAUGCGUUCAAAUAUUCCCAAUGGGACGGGCAUUGCUGAGCUAGAACCUGGGUACAUAAAUCUUGAAUUGUCCCUACACACAAUUUGCUGACUCUAUACUUAUAUAAAUAUUUAUGCAACAAGGAAUAUAUACAUUUGUAUUUGUUUAUAUGAUUUUUUUUGUGUUUUGCUUUCGAGUCUGGCUUGCAUAUUUGCUGCUUUCUCUCCAUGCAUUACAUUUCGAGUGUACUAUAACUAUUAUUUUUAGUUUCUAGUUUUUAUUAACAAAAUAUUUCUUCUUAACUUACACAUACAAAAAAAGCAUAUACAUAUACAUAUAUAUAGUGCAUUGCAUUUUAUAUCUACUUAUUGUACGAACUGAACCCACUGAAGAAGUCCUUCUUCUUGCACUAAGCAAAAACAAAACAAAACAAAACAAAAAGAAAUGGAAAAUAUCCUUAAAAAAAAACAGCAACAAAUAUAGAUAUAUAGAUAUGUAUAUUUUUGUUUCUACUGUUUGAGAAUAUAAGUAACUAAAAAUGGAAGCAACUAACCUUGAAACAUAUAAGCAAUCUUUAAAAUCGACUAAAUCAGAUGAGCGGACGACGACAAACGUUUCAGCAAAUAUACAUAUAUAUAUAUAUAUAUAUAAAUAUAAUAUAUAGAUACACACAUGCAUACAUAGUAUAUAUACAAGCACGCACAGCCGGAUGGAAGACGCCGUAAUAUGAAUUUAGCAGACAGUUUAGAGAUGAUCCAGCAAAAACAUGCAUAAGUAGAUGUAUAUUGGUGGGCUUGAUAAAUGUACGAGUACUUGUAGUAGAUGUGAGCGUAACUAUAAUGCAAUUACUAAGAGAACUACACAAUUAUUUGUAAUCGAACUUGGACUUCUCCGGGGGUGGGAACUUGAACCGUUCUCCUCACUCACCCAAAAACACUUCCGUAGUAAAUACUUUUGCCUUUAAACUGUAACGUCUGUAGCUCUACACCCAAACCUCCUUGAAUCAAUGUGACUUGUCUUUUAGAAUGGCAAACAAUUAAAUUACAGCAACGUAACCAAACUGAGCCGAGCAUCAGAUGCAUAGCUACGAAUAUCGUAUACAAAAUAAAGAAAACAAAAUAUUACAUAUAUGAGUAUGUAGAUACUGUUUAGUACUUACAUAGAGAGUUUCCUUCUGAAAUUGAUAUACGAUUCAAGCAAACUACGCGCACUAGCCUGUCUCAACUGUAAAACUUUCAACUCGAAAACCGGAGAGCGAACAACAAUUUUUACCAAUAUACAUACAUGUACAAGUACGAUACAAUAAUUAUCCAUCUAUCGAUCGAUAUACGCAUGCAUGUACAUACAUAUGUGGUACAUAACCAAUUGACAUGAUAGCUAAACAUAUGUAAAACCAAACGAGGAAAACAAAACAACCAGAAUAACAAGUAAAUUGAAAUGAUUCCUGCCCUCCAUUCGUAUUAAACAAAAACAAAAC